ACAUAAUCUAGGGUAUAAAAAGCCCCAAAUCUUCUCCGCCCAAAAAAAAUUCCCCCUUCGGAAAACCGAACGGUAAUCUCCUCGCAUCUUCAAAGCUCCAACAUUUCCAAACAUCCAUAAUCGUCGCCUCCAAAUUUCAUUGGGUGAAUAAUGGCGACGUUUGAGCUUUACCGGAGGUCAACGAUCGGGAUGUGCUUGACGGAGACUUUGGACGAGAUGGUUUCAAACGGUACUCUCAGCCCCGAGCUCGCUAUUGAGGUUCUCGUCCAGUUCGAUAAGUCUAUGACUGAAGCCCUGGAAAGUCAAGUGAAGAGCAAGGUUACCAUUGCGGGACAUCUGCACACCUAUAGAUUCUGCGACAAUGUGUGGACCUUCAUCUUACAGGGUGCAUCGUUUAAGAGCGAGGAUUUUGUACAGAAUGUUGAUCGUGUGAAAAUAGUAGCAUGUGACUCAAAGCUGCUCUCACAAUGAAAUGUCAAUCAGUGUUGUGUUUGAUAAUGGUGGAGGGGAUGGUUGACUGAGAUUGGACAUAUAUUGUAAAGCCAUCAACCUUUAUUGGAGGAAUUUUUCUUUUGUACUUCAUUUUACUUUUCAUUCAGAUAACAGAGUGGACAACGGUGAAAAUUUUAGGACAGAAAGAUGGAACCUCUGUAUUUAUGACAUGAAUUUGUUUCUAUUCCCCUGUCAACCUAUUUCAAUCUUGCACCAGCUUGAAUAGGAUAUGGCGAUGUUUGAACUUCGAAGUAUCCAUGUAAUGAGUUGCCUGUUUGAUCUUCCAUUCUUGAUUGAAUUGAUUUUUUUUUU